AACAAAAGCGCCGACAAAUUCCGAAAAGUAGAGAACCGGGUGGUGAUUCGGAUCCCUCUCACCUCCACGGAACACUUGGACAUAGUUGACAGCAAUGCGUAACGACGCGUGCCUCUAGUGGCACCGUGGAAGCAGGGUCGUCAGACGCACGCAGAUACACGGCUGCCCGCAUUAUAUCCCAAACCAACACAUAGUAAAACGUUCGUUAAUUUAAAGCGAUGUAGCAAGAAUCUCUUUGAACAGAUGGACCUUCCUCAGUGACUCUUUUGCCAAAUGACGGUGCGCAACCGGACCGGAGCGGGUUUCCUUUCCCUGCGUUCGGAGCAGUUUGCAGAAGUGAAGCGAUCAGUACUGGAGUGACUAAACUAGGAGAAGCAUUUCUGAGUCACCGAAGUAUGAUGAAAUUUCUCAACAAUCACAGUGCGAGCUGACGAAGACAAAAAUCAUUCGAGGAGAGCCAAACUUCCGCAGGCGCAGUUCUAGUCGUCCACAGUGGCGCAGCGAAGCGCAGGAGUUCGGCUCGGCUUUUCUGCCUGUAGACAGACGGCACCGUGUGCAGGAGGGUAUACAGAGAGACUCCUGCGGGGUGAUUGUUUGCAGCCUGCAGAAGCAGGUGUUUUCGCUGAUCCGCCUGCGAGGGACGGAGGGGGGCUUAUUCUCAUCUUUCUUUCUAAGACUGGUGAGAAGAAAAAAAGAAAAGAAACCCGAGGAGAAUGUUGCACCAAGAACAAUGAGCGCAGAGUUGUCGCAUUUUACCCAAAUCCACACACGCUCUGUAGUAGAUUUCAGUUUUCAUGAGCUAUUCUGACUCAUCUUUGGAAUUUUUAGAGAGAAAAAAAGUGGAUCCAACGACUUUGCAACCAUGCGAAAUACUUGGCUGUCUCCCCGGAGUGCGAUUUGGGAAUAUUGGACUUCGCUGAUUGCAUUCCUCUUUUGGAUUCAGUACUCUUGCGGGAUGCCUCACGUUAUACGAAUUGGUGGGAUUUUCGAGCAAACAGACGGACCUGUUUCACUUGUUAGUGCAGAAGAACUUGCCUUUAAAUUUGCUGUGAAUAAUAUAAACAGAAACAGGACUUUGUUGCCAAACACAACAUUAACAUACGACAUACAGAGGAUUAAUAUCUACGACAGCUUUGAAGCAUCAAGAAAAGCUUGUGACCAGCUGUCGUUAGGCGUGGUUGCAAUAUUUGGGCCUUCACAUAGCUCAUCUUCAAAUGCUGUGCAGUCCAUCUGCAAUGCACUGGAAGUGCCACACAUCCAGGUGCGGUGGAAACAUCACCCAAUGGACAACAGGGACACUUUUUAUGCCAAUUUAUACCCAGAUUACUCAUCAUUAAGCUAUGCCAUUCUGGACCUCGUGCAGUAUCUUAAAUGGAAAACAGCCACUGUUGUGUAUGACGACAGCACAGGUCUAAUAAGGUUACAGGAGCUGAUAAUGGCCCCAUCAAGGUAUAACAUUCGAUUAAAGAUCCGCCAGCUUCCUCUAGAUACGGAGGAUACAAGGCCUCUUCUAAAGGAAAUGAAGAGAAGUCGGGAGUUCCGCAUCAUCUUUGACUGCAGUCACCACAUGGCUGCACAAAUUCUCAAACAGGCCCAGACCAUGGGGAUGAUGACAGAGUAUUACCACUAUAUCUUCACCACUCUGGACCUGAUGGCUAUCGAUCUAGAGCCAUAUCGCUUUUGUGGUGUCAACAUGACUGGCUUUCGCAUCCUCAAUGUGGACAACCCCCAGGUUGCAUCUAUUGUGGAGAAAUGGUCAAUGGAAAGGCAAAUUCCACCUAAACCAGAUUCAGGCCUGCUGGAAGGCAUCAUGACGACAGAUGCAGCUCUGACCUAUGAUGCUGUCCACAUUGUGUCCGUCUCAUACCAGCACGCUCCACAGAUGACUGUGAACUCACUGCAGUGCCACCGACAUAAACCCUGGAGAUUCGGAGGCCGCUUCAUGAGUUUCAUCAAAGAGUCUCACUGGGAUGGUUUGACUGGAAGAUUGUCCUUCAACAAGACGACUGGGUUACGUACAGACUUUGACUUGGACAUUGUCAGUCUAAAGGAGGAUGGACUUGAAAAGGUGGGGAAGUGGAGUGCGUCAGGAGGUCUUAACAUCACGGAAGUGCCGAAGCGAAAAGGGAUGAACAUCACUGAUUCUCUGUCUAACCGUUCUCUUGUCAUCACCACCAUUCUGGAGGAGCCAUAUGUCAUGCUUAAGAAGUCUGACAAGGCACUGGUUGGGAACGACCGUUUUGAAGGAUUCUGCAUCGACUUGCUGAAAGAGCUCGCCAAAAUCCUGGGCUUCACGUAUGAGAUCCGCCUGGUGCCUGAUGGAAAAUAUGGCUCACAGGAUGACAAGGGACAGUGGAAUGGCAUGAUUAGGGAACUUAUAGAACAUAGAGCAGACUUGGCAGUGGCCCCUCUCACCAUUACCUAUGUGCGUGAAAAAGUCAUUGACUUCUCAAAGCCCUUCAUGAGUAUGGGCAUCAGCAUCCUGUAUCGCAGACCCAAUGCCACAAACAGCGGCUUCUUCUCCUUCCUAAACCCCAUGACUCCAGACAUCUGGGUGUACAUUCUGCUGGCGUACCUGGGUGUUAGCUGUGUUCUUUUUGUCAUUGCAAGGUUUAGCCCGUAUGAAUGGUACGACGCUCAUCCCUGUAAUCCCGGCUCGGACGUGGUGGAGAACAACUUCACGCUCCUCAACAGCUUCUGGUUUGGAGUUGGUUCCUUAAUGCAACAAGGCUCAGAGCUGAUGCCCAAAGCCCUGUCGACCAGGAUAAUAGGUGGAAUCUGGUGGUUCUUCACGCUCAUCAUAAUAUCGUCAUAUACAGCUAAUUUAGCAGCUUUCCUUACCGUGGAGAGGAUGGACUCACCCGUGGAUUCAGCUGAUGACAUUGCCAAGCAGACCAAAAUCGAGUAUGGUGUGGUCAGAGAUGGAGCAACAAUGGCUUUCUUCAAGAAAUCAAAGGUUUCUACAUUUGAGAAGAUGUGGGCCUUCAUGAGCAGCAGGCCGAGAACGUCUCUGGUGAAGUCUGUGGAAGACGGGGUUCAGAGGGUGCUGAAGUCUGACUAUGCACUCAUUACAGAGUCCACCACCAUUGAUUAUAUCACUAGGAGAAACUGUAACCUGACACAAGUGGGAGGGCUUAUUGACAGCAAAGGCUACGGCAUCGGCACUCCCCUCGGCUCGCCAUACAGGGACAAAAUCAGCAUAGCAAUCCUCAGCAUCUUAGAGGAUGGGCUUCUCCACGUUCUGAAGGAGAAGUGGUGGAGCGGAAGCAGCUGCUCGGAUGAGGAGCGUCGUGAGACGGGCCCCAUGGGGAUCCAGAACCUGGGUGGUAUAUUCAUUGUGCUGGCAUCUGGUCUGGUGCUGUCUGUCUUUGUGGCAAUUGCUGAAUUUAUCUACAAGCUGAGAAAGACCGCUGAACGUGAACAGGUCUUUGUGCAGCGCCAUGGUGGACGAGAUCAGACUGUCGUUCACCUGCGAGAGACGGGUGAAACACAAGCCUCAGCCCCCGGUCAUGGUGAAGACGGAUGCAGUGAUCAACAUGCACGCCUACAACGACCGACGACUCCCAGGAAAGGACAACAUGAGCUGCAGCACUGGGAUGACUCCUGUGUUCCCCUGACAAUGUGUUCCCCGCAGGGCAAGAACCUCGUGAGCAACAUUUCAGGGGCGGUGCCGCAGCCCAGGGACAAUGGCAUAGACGGGAUCACCAGAUACAUCAUUAACAACAGUGACAUGGGAACACUUACAAAACAUGGGCAACUCAAAUUGGCAGCAUCAGCCACACAGGUAUGACAGACACCACUGUAAUCAACACUACAAAAGAUACUUGGUUGUGGUUGUAAAGGUUGCGCAAGGGGCAGAAAAACAACCCGACAAAGGAAACGGUACACCCAAAUAUGAAUCAGUCCAAGUCUGAUGUUUACAUAUGUACCACAAGAGAAAACACAAUAUUCAGUGGACCCUGAGUCACUUAAAAGAUUAAAAAUUUUAUGUGAAAACAUGGCCUGGCAAAUGAUAAAAAGGCUUUUUGAAAAUGGCAAUAAAUGACUUUGAUACAGUUCCAGAAAGAUAAGGGAGUUUUGUUAUAAAUCAUGGUUAUAUAUGAAGUUCUUUUGUUGAGCCUGUUGAUUUCCACAAAACUGAAUGACCUUUGGCAGCAGAAAGUGUUACCUCAAAUAUGUACAGGUUCAGCUGGGUGUCUGUGUCAUUUAGUGUUGGCAACACUGUGACUGGUAGAACCUACAGCAAGAUGUGAAACAGUAAAUUUACAUCUGAUGUAGCUGUGAUGUGUACCUAAAAAUAUGAUCAUACAAAAACAGCCGCAAUCACUCAUGCAGAGUGGAUUGUGGACACAUCAGCUGUAUAUUAACAACAUAAGAUUCUAACUUGGGAUAUUUGACAUGAUUUUUGACUUUUUUUUUUCAAGGUUCAUUUUUCUUUCAAAUUACUUUGUACAUAAUUAGAUUGUUACCAGAUAACAUGUUGAUUGCCAAAGACCUGACCAUUCAACAGAUUUAUACUCAUAACAUCAAGAGCCAGAGCUGAUUAAUAACCAGGUGUUCAAUUAACAGUGAAUUGGAGGGGCUGAAGUGGGACUUUAAAGGACUCAUUCUGCAGUUUAUUUCCUGUAACAGGUAUUCAAAUCUAACUAUCCGUGGUGAUGGCUAGGCAUGGCUCACUGUGUGAUUCCACUUAUAUGAUAACCUGGAAUAAAGAACACAGAUUUCAUACAAAAUCUGAAACUAAAGAACACAGAUUUCAUACAAAAUCUGAAACUAAAAUGGAUAACAAAAUCCUGUAAAUUUUAGUAAAAAAACAGAAUAGCAAUGCAUAUUUUUAUUUGUACUAAGAUGACACUUCAAUUUUAACAUAAUAAUUUGAUCCAUAGCAUUUCUUGACUAUCUUUUUGAUUUUGAUAUGUAGACUAAAACAAAAAUUGGGAUCAUCACCUGUGAAAUUGAGCAUGGAUUUUUAAGUGCUUUAAUUUACACCGCCGAGGCAUAACAAAAUGAUUACUGACAGGUGAAGGCAAGAAAACUGAUUAGAAUUUCAACUUGAUACUCAGUACCGGGUGAGAUAAAUUUGUAAAGAAGUGAAUAUUUAAUAUAGGAAAAUGGGGAAGCGUAUGAAUUUGAGUAAGAGUUUAAGAAGGGCCUAAUUGUGUUGACUUGACAACUGGAUCAGAGCAUCUACAAAACUGGAGCUCUUGGUUUGUGGUCUGCAGCAGACAGUUUCAAUUUAAAUUGUCCAAUGAAGAAAAGCAAUGAACUGGGACCACAGUCAGUCAAGGCUCAUUGAUGCACAUGAACAGAAAAGGGUAGCCUGCUUGGUCUAACAGAUGUGUUGUGGCUCAAAAUGUUAAAGAAGAUAAUACUAGUUAUGAAAGAAAGGUGUCAAGAAUGUCCAAUGCAUCAGGGAUUGUUGAGUAAGAAACUGCAUAGCUUCAGAUAAGUUUGGGUGCCCAUCCAUUUGCUGACCCCUGUCUACUGCCUCAGAUCUGGAAACAGGACAGUGGAAGACUGUCCUGUCAUGGUUCCCCUGAAGGGUGUUUGUUUAUUUUUUUUAGUCUUAUUUUUUACAUGGAUGGCCCUUUGCAUUGCCUAUCUGGGAUAUACAAAGCACUGCAGGAAAAAAGGCAAGCCAGCACAGGCCAUGUGAUGCCUUGGGCAAUGUCCUGAUGGUAAACUUUGAGUUCUGGGAUCUAUGAGGUUGUUGCUUUUUCAUGUACCAGUUACUCAAGCAUUCUUGCAGACCAUGUACACCCUUUCAUAUAAAAUCAUUUCCCCUGAUGACUGUAGGCUCAUUGAAAAUGCUGUUCCAUGCCACAAAAUAAAAAAUAGUUUUCCAAUACUUUGAUUUAUCAAAUUGCCCUCCAAAUUUCCCAGAUGUGAAUUUAAUUGAGCACCUGUGGCAUGUGUAAGACAAACAAGUCUGAUCUAUGGAGGCCCCGUCCAAAAGUUACAGGACUUUCAUGACCUGUUGCUAACAUCUUGGAGCCAGAUACCACAGCAGACCUUCAGCGGUCUAGUGGAGUCCAUUAUUUGACUAGUCAUGAAUGUUUUGUUAGCAAAAGCAAGACCAACCCACUAUUUUUCAUGUGGCAGUAAUCCAUGCUUUAUUACCUACAAUAUCUAUUUUCUAUAUUAUUCUCCUUAUGGUGUAAAACAAAUAUCGCACUGAUAUUAGCUAGUGGUCUACCUGGCUAUUUGCUCUUGUUGCCAAUUGGCAGUUGCUAGAAGCUAGCUACCCUGACAGGAGGGAUCAUUGGCACUCCUUCACUUUUCUUGAAAUAUCUUGUUUUACCCAAUAAACAUUUCUUUACAGCUUUAUUGUAAGAAAUGAAAAAUUAUUGAAGCCAUCUUUUGGCAGUGUCCAGAAACAGGUUAGGGAGAAGUGGUGUUUCAUCAAAUAGACCAAUAAAAGUGCUGAACUGUCUGAACAUUAAACGGUAAGGCACAUUGAAAAAUGUGAAUAUUUCUUGCCAGUCUUCUCAGAAAGUGAAACCCAUAUUAUAUAGAAUCAUCACAUAAAUAAUGAUAUAUCACAAGCCUUCAUUUCUUGUAAUUUUGAUGGCUAUGGUUUAAAGAUAAAGAAAACUCAAAAUUCACUGCCUCAGAAAAUUUGAAUAUUGUGAAAAAGACCAUUAUUUAAAAUCCCUGGUGUCUCAGGGUAAUUAGCUAAUUAACUCAAAGAACCUGCAAAGGUUUCCCGUGCUUUUAAAAUGUCUUAAUCUAUAAAAUGACUAUUUCUUUAUCUGAGAUGACUGGCAAGAAAUAUUGCACUUUUUCACAAUAUUAGAUUUUUCCUAGAUCUAGCUGUCAUAUUAUAGAUUAAUGGAAUGAUAUUACUCUAACUUGAUUAUUAAAAUUCAGUAUUCCUUGUUUCCAGUAAACAAUCCAUACCUAACCCAGGCAUUGCAGCUUUGUCAGUUAAGCCCUUACAUUUUCUUGAAACAUUGUCCUUUUAGGCUGUUGUCCUCCCAUGUUUUCGUGAAAUGACAAGUCUGCACAUAAACUAAGUUAUAUAAAGUAAUCUCUGUGAUAGGGUCUCUCUGAUCUUGAAUAGCAUUUUUCUUCAUAAAAUUGUGAUUUUGGAGCAGAUAUAAUUUAUUUUUAGUUUAAUGACUUUUAUGUCAGUGGGCAUAAUAUUUUACAAGGUACAGUUUAUGGACAAGAGCCACAACUUCAGUGCCCCCCUUUCCAAACUGUUCCAAACACAACACAGUUGUUGGCUUUGUUUCUGUAGUUUCUCCAG